AUGUUGUUCGCAUUGAUAUUCGGAUCACUAUUUCUACAAAUCGUCUUCUCACAAGUCUAUUAUGAGCCAGAGAACAGUGCGCCAGCUGCGCAAUUAUCUUCAAGCUCAUCAAACACCGCUGUUUCGCGAUACACUGUCUUGUAUCUUUGUGGAAACAAUGGGAAUUACUACUUGUCGAAUACGCCCUGUCAAACCUCGUAUCGCAGUUGCAACUAUAUUUGUCGGACAUCGAGCUGGUGCGCAAGCUUCAAUAGAAAUUGGUCAUGUGUGAAUAAUUGUUGCAAGAAUGGACGAGGACACACGACGACUCCAUCUCCUCAACAACCGACAUGCGGUGGUCGUGAAACAUCUGGUGGCUUUUGUACAUCUCCUGGUUAUCGCUGUCCCUCAGGAUUCACUUGCACUGUGAACGGAGUAUGCUGUCGUUGUGCUUAUGGAACAAGUGUUGGCCCAUGUGUCAACAAUCAAUGCCCAGACACUUUCCGUUGUAACUCGAACAAUGAGUGUUGUCCAUAUCAACUCACCGGGAAA